CAGAAAAGCUAGACCAUUACAAAAUGGCUAUAAUGAACCACUGCUAUCGACUACCUUUCCUAACUUACCAUACUUGCUUUGUGCAAACAUCUAUUCCAAGCCCUACUUACCGCUUGCUCCGACGUACAGCGCAUACAGCCGAACCCGACGAGCCAUAAAGAGAUGUCAACUCCUAGUAAACACACGUUGAACCGAAAGGUACUGCGAGACGAGAAGAUAUUCUUCUAUGAUCAUAUCCAUGAGAGCAGCGAGCUUCCUGAGUGGUUCAGGUCCACGAGCCAGUACAUGAGACAUAUACGUAAAAAGGCCCCAACAGACAGUAAGAAAGAUUUCAAAGAUGAACUCGAGACAUUUCGAAACUCAGGGCAGGAUGGGAAGACUGCUGUGGCAUCAGGCUGGAGCCUGAAACCAUCGAGGGAAACGGGAUAUAUGACCAGAGAGAGCUUUGGCAAAAGCGUAAAGCGCACGUCAGCCGAGACUGAGAUGGAGGCCACACUUGUCGAUUGCCUGAGAGUCAGGGACCUGGCGAUUGAUCUGCGCAAGAAAAGAUCGAUAGAGAAUCUCUGGGUGCCACUCCUGCUAGCGGAGUUCUUCAAGACAUACAAGCAGGUGUACGACACCGAAGACGAGAACAGAGAUCUAUAUCGUCAGUGGGAACUCCAUGUCGACCUUCUCUGGAACGGAUGCCCAUCGUGGGAUACCUUCACGAGUCCAGUACGAACUGAACCGAAACCAGAUAUCGCGUAUUUGUUCCCAAUCAUCGACGACGAAUCUAAGAUAGCGAAGGAAUAUCGCUUUGACAAUGAUGUCAAGAAUUUUACGCUCCCUGUUCUCAGUGAACUCCGGAAGAGAGAACGCGUCAUCUCAUCGCCAAAGACCAGCUUGCUGAGUUGUGAUCCAACAAAACCGAAGCAUUUAGGUGCCUCAGACCUGGCGUGCUUUCCUUGGACUAUUGUCGAGGUCAAACAUGACACCGACAACAGCGGCACGGCAGAGUUUUGUUACUGUCAAGCCGCAAACGGGUCUGCCGAAGCACUUAAGAUGCGAGAGGGGUUGGCCAAGAAGAUACAGGACCCGAAAUCCGACGCUCUUGUCAUCUUCUCCUUCACAUGCGUGGGCCCAAGCGUUCGACUUUGGCUCACAUUCAGGAAUACAGAGAGUAAGAACAUUGAGAUGCGCUGCAUUUGGGCAACAUCCCUAGAACUUACUUGGGGCGUCUUCGCACUGCGUACGGUGAUUGAUAACAUGCAUGAAUGGGUGUACAAACGUGUGAAACCUGAGAUAUCCAGAUGGAUCACUCAUGUUCGCAUCGGUCCGAAGCCCAAGACCACCAACACACCCGACGGCGACGAAGUCGAACAACGAAGGAGAGCGAGGUCCGUCGCACCGCCACCCGAGGAUCGACCCACAGUCUCACCUUCUGUGCAACCAAGACCCGCAUCUGAUUCGAAAAUCUCUCGGACAUUCAUGGCAGGAAAUACUGUACCAAGACAACCACUUACACCCAGCCCUCUGUCUCGACACUCGGCGCCACCACCUGAUACUUCAAAGCCUGCAUCUCAAUCAAACAGUACUCCAGCAUCUGCGAGGGCAAAAACCGUAGCAAGAAGUGCAAAGUCUCCUAAACCCCCGUCUCGACCAUCAGCCUAUACGAUCGUCCCCCACGAUAAGACAACCCCAGCCUCAUCUUCUUUGCCACCGAAGCCAGCAUCUUGUUCAAAGAAUACCGCGACAUCUUCAAAAGACAUAGCUGCUCUAAGAGACCCAGAGUCACCCAGUGCCCGGUAUCCACGGCGAUCUAAUCGACGGACCACUCUUCCCAAUGGGUUUAAAGAGAGUGAAGAUGGUGGAGAUGAUGCCGCUGAUGACGACGAUUUUGUACUAAGUGCUGGAUCCAGCGACGACGAAGCUGAUGAGGGAUAUGCUAGUGGCAGAGGAUGCAAGGGCUCGAAGUCGAAGCGAAGAGUUCGUAAGAGUAACGUGGUUUAGGAUGAUGAUU